GGGGUCUGGUGUCCGAGUCAUGAGAUAGAACAGGUUCGAGGUUGUUAUAUAUCAAUCAAUAAUUAGAGAAGGAGCCGGUCUCUUGUGUUGAGUUGACUCGAUGGAGAGCUUAGGAGUUAGAAAGGGUGCAUGGAUCCAAGAAGAGGAUGUUCUCCUGAGGAAAUGCAUUGAGAAAUAUGGAGAAGGAAAGUGGCAUCUGGUUCCCCUCCGAGCAGGGUUGAAUAGAUGCCGAAAAAGCUGCAGGUUGAGAUGGCUCAAUUAUUUGAAGCCGGAUAUCAAGAGAGGAGAGUUUGCAUUAGACGAGGUUGAUCUCAUGAUUAGGCUUCACAAUUUGUUGGGGAACAGAUGGUCCUUGAUUGCGGGUAGGCUUCCAGGGAGGACUGCUAAUGAUGUCAAGAACUAUUGGCAUGGUCACCACUUGAAAAAGAAGGUCCAGUUCCAGGAAGAAGGGAGAAAUAAACCCCUAACACAUUCUAAAACCAAAGCUAUAAAGCCUCACCCUCACAAGUUCUCCAAAGCCUUGCCAAGGUUUGAACUAAAAACUACAGCUGUGGAUACUUUUGACACACAAGUAAGUACUUCCAGUAAGCCAUCAUCCACGUCACCACAACCGAAUGAUGACAUCAUAUGGUGGGAAAGCCUGUUAGCUGAGCUGGAUAAAGACACUGACUUUUCGGCUUCUGGAGAGAUGCUUAUCGCAAGCCUCAGGACAGAAGAAACUGCAACACAGAAAAAGGGACCCAUGGAUGGUAUGAUCGAACAAAUCCAGGGAGGUGAGGAUGAUUUUCCAUUUGAUGUGGGCUUCUGGGAUACACCCAACACACAAGUAAAUCAUUUGAUCUGAUUUAGACCAUUUCUAUCUUAAUGUUUAAGUUCAAAAGUUGUUCUUGCAUUCACACUCUACUCCCUAAUCAUUUUAAGUUCCAAUGUUGUUAAUCUUAGAAAUAAAAACAAAAAUAA